GUGCGCGGGGGAGCGCGCGCGCGCGCGCGUGUGCCAGGAGCAGGCUCCGGAGCGAGUGGGUCGGCGCGGCGCUGCCCGCUCCCCGCGCCCCUAUGUGAGGGAAUCGGGGAGACCCGCGGCGCGCAGGGGAGGGCGAGGCAUGAGCACGGGCCGGGAGGUGCUGCGGCCGCCCGAGGAAGAGGAGGACGGCGGCGGCGGCGAGGAGGAGAGUGGGGGGCUCGCGGCUGCGGGCCCGGGCCGAGGGGAUGCAGCCGGUUGUGUGUGUCUGGCUGUAGCUGACUCGAGGCGGCCAGGCGGAGCCGGGGACCCGCCCGAGGGGCGACCGGGAGGCGGCGGCGGCCUCCGCGACAAGUAGCAGCGGGACCGGCGGCGGCGGCGGCGGAGACGGCAGCCCUGAGAUGCAUUUUCCUCUGCAGCGGCCAUGUUAGCCAGGAAACCUUCGGCCGCCGCUCCCGCCGCCUACCCGACCGGCCGAGGAGGGGACAGCACCAUUCGUCAGCUCCAGGCUUCCCCGGGGCUCGGCGCGGGGGCCCCCCGGAGCGGAGUGGGGACCUGCCCGCCUUCCCCCAUCGCCCUGCCGCCUCUGCGGGCCAGCAACGCGGCCGCCACGGCCCACACGAUUGGCGGCAGUAAGCACACCAUGAAUGAUCACCUGCAUGUCAGCAGUCACAACCACGGACAGAUCCAGGUUCAGCAGCUGUUUGAGGACAACAGUAACAAGCGGACCGUGCUCACAACACAACCGAAUGGGCUUACGACAGUGGGCAAAACAAGCUUGCCCGUGGUGCCAGAGCGGCAGUUGGAGAGCAUUCACAGGCGGCAGGGGAGCUCCACGUCCCUCAAGUCCAUCGAAGGCAUGGGGAAGGUGAAAGCCACGCCCAUGACACCCGAACAAGCAAUGAAGCAAUACAUGCAAAAACUCACGACCUUCGAACACCAUGAGAUCUUCAGCUACCCUGAAAUCUAUUUCUUGGGUCCAAAUGCCAAGAAGCGCCAGGGCAUGACGGGCGGGCCCAACAACGGUGGCUACGAUGAUGACCAGGGAUCUUACGUGCAGGUGCCCCACGACCAUGUGGCUUACAGGUACGAGGUUCUCAAGGUCAUUGGGAAGGGGAGCUUUGGGCAGGUGGUCAAGGCAUAUGAUCACAAAGUCCACCAGCACGUGGCCCUGAAGAUGGUGCGGAAUGAGAAGCGCUUUCACAGGCAGGCGGCUGAGGAGAUCCGCAUCCUGGAACACCUGCGUAAACAGGACAAAGACAAUGCCAUGAACGUGAUCCACAUGCUGGAGAACUUCACCUUCCGCAACCACAUCUGUAUGACCUUUGAGCUGCUAAGCAUGAACCUCUAUGAGCUAAUCAAGAAGAACAAAUUCCAGGGCUUCAGCCUGCCUUUGGUUCGCAAGUUCGCCCACUCGAUUCUGCAGUGCUUGGAUGCUUUGCACAAAAACAGGAUCAUUCACUGUGACCUUAAGCCCGAGAACAUUCUGUUAAAGCAGCAGGGUAGAAGUGGCAUCAAAGUGAUCGAUUUUGGCUCCAGUUGUUACGAGCAUCAACGUGUCUACACGUACAUCCAGUCGCGCUUUUACCGGGCUCCCGAGGUGAUCCUGGGGGCCAGGUAUGGCAUGCCCAUCGACAUGUGGAGCCUGGGCUGCAUUUUAGCAGAGCUCCUGACGGGUUACCCGCUCUUGCCUGGGGAAGAUGAAGGGGACCAGCUGGCUUGUAUGAUCGAACUGUUGGGCAUGCCUUCCCAGAAACUGCUGGAUGCGUCCAAACGAGCCAAAAAUUUUGUGAGCUCCAAGGGCUAUCCCCGUUACUGCACUGUCACGACUCUGUCAGAUGGCUCCGUGGUCCUCAACGGAGGCCGCUCCCGGAGAGGGAAGCUGAGGGGUCCACCAGAGAGCCGAGAGUGGGGGAAUGCACUGAAGGGGUGUGAUGAUCCCCUUUUCCUUGACUUCUUAAAACAGUGUUUAGAGUGGGAUCCUGCAGUGCGCAUGACCCCAGGCCAGGCUUUGCGGCAUCCCUGGCUGAGGAGGCGCUUGCCAAAGCCUCCGACCGGGGAGAAGACAUCAGUGAAGAGGAUAACCGAGAGCUCUGGUGCUAUCACGUCGAUUUCCAAGUUACCUCCACCUUCCAGCUCAGCAUCCAAACUGAGGACUAAUUUGGCACAGAUGACGGAUGCCAAUGGGAAUAUUCAGCAGAGGACAGUGUUGCCAAAACUUGUGAGCUGAGCUGCAGUCCCCCAACAGACCAUGCUGGUAAUCUGAAAGAUACGAUGUUGCUGAGCCUUACCGGUUGAAGAGGAGUAGCUCAGACCUGUUUUUAUUUGUUCAAUAACUCUACUCAUUUGUAUCUUUUCAGCACUUAAUUUUCAUGUAAGAAAGUUGUUUGUUUUGUUUUUAUAAAAUACAUGGGGACAAUGCUUUAAGUUUU